AUGUACCAGAGCUUAGCUCUUGCUCCCAACCCCGGCCAGUCGGCAUACUCUCAUGACUCCAGCAAUUUCCUGCACUCGCCAGCAAGUCCAGCGGUGUACGUGCCCACCAGCCGGGUGCCCUCCAUGCUCCAGAGCCUGCCUUACCUGCAGAGUUGUGAACCUGCCCAUCAGGGCCACCCACUGAGCAGCCAUCCAGGAUGGGCCCAGACUGCUGGUGGUGAAGCAUCGCACUUCAAUGCUAGCAGUCCUCAUCCGACUUCUGGCUUCUCCUACUCCCACAGUCCCCCUGGUGGUGGCGGUGCCGGACGGGAUGGAGGCUACCAGAGCCCACUAUUACUAGGUACCGGGGGCCGAGACCAGUACGGCAACACUCUGGUGCGUUCGGUCAAUGGAUCCUACUCCAGUCCUUAUCCGGGUGCUUAUGUCAGCCCUGCAGAAAUGCCACCAUCUUGGACUGCGGGACACUUUGAGAGCAGCGUCUUGCAUAGCCUCCAGACGCGACAGGGGACCUUUUCUGGCCGGAGACCUACCUUUGUCACGGAGUUCUUGGAGGAAUUCCCUGGAGAUGGCCGAGAAUGCGUUAACUGCGGGGCUAUGUCUACCCCACUCUGGAGGAAAGAUGGAACUGGACAUUAUCUGUGCAACGCCUGUGGGCUCUAUCACAAGAUGAAUGGCAUUAACCGGCCACUAAUCAAGCCGCAGAAAAGACUGUCCUCGUCUAGACGUGCAGGUCUCUGCUGCACUAACUGUCACACAACCAAUACUACACUCUGGAGACGAAACGCUGAAGGGGAGCCGGUCUGCAAUGCAUGUGGAUUAUACAUGAAACUCCAUGGGGUGCCAAGACCUCUGGCAAUGAAAAAAGAAAGCAUCCAGACGAGGAAGAGGAAACCUAAAAAUAUCACCAAAGGCAAAUCCUCAACAGGUUCCACAGCUUCCACCACCAAUUCCCCUUCCUCCAUUACAAACUCCGAAAGCACCGUCACUUUAAAAACGGAACCCGUGGUAACAUCGCAAUAUCCAGGACAAUCUAUAGGUCCAAGCCAGUCUGAAGAUACACUGGCCGACAGCCACCCGCAGUUCAAGUACGAACCAGAGGAUUACGCUUUCAGUUCAGCUGCCAUGGCACCGCAGCAGCCGGGACUCAGCGUCCCCCUUCGCCAAGACUCGUGGUGCGCCCUGGCACUAGCCUAG